AUUCUCGAACGAUGGCUCGUACCAAGCAGACAGCCCGCAAGUCUACCGGUGGAAAGGCACCGAGGAAGCAGCUCGCCACCAAGGCCGCCAGGAAGAGUGCCCCGGCUACAGGGGGAGUCAAAAAACCUCACCGUUAUCGCCCGGGUACCGUCGCACUCCGUGAAAUUCGUCGCUACCAGAAGAGUACGGAACUUCUGAUCCGAAAGCUGCCUUUCCAGCGGCUCGUCCGUGAAAUCGCCCAGGACUUCAAGACCGACUUGCGUUUCCAGAGCUCGGCGGUCAUGGCUCUUCAGGAAGCGAGCGAGGCGUAUCUCGUCGGUCUCUUCGAGGACACGAAUCUUUGUGCCAUCCAUGCGAAACGCGUCACCAUUAUGCCAAAGGACAUUCAAUUGGCUCGCCGUAUUCGCGGAGAACGUGCCUGAGAUUCCGUUGA